ACACAUCUAUUGGAAGUAAACGCGGGUGGUGUGUUGUUGUGAUUGUGGAAAAUCAGCGAAAAUGCCCCGACCCUCACGUGAAUCCUACGGGGACCAAAAGCCGCCAUAUUCGUACAUUUCAUUAACAGCAAUGGCAAUAUGGAACUCCCCGGAAAAAAUGCUACCACUCUCAGAAAUCUACAAAUUUAUAACUGACCGGUUUCCUUACUACCGGAAAAACACCCAAAGAUGGCAAAACUCUCUAAGACACAACUUAUCUUUCAACGACUGUUUCAUCAAGAUACCUCGGCGGCCUGACAGGCCGGGCAAAGGUGCGUAUUGGGCUUUACACCCCGCCGCCUUUGAUAUGUUCGAAAACGGCAGUCUUCUCCGUCGGAGGAAGCGGUUCAAGCUGUUGAAAAGCGAUAAAGAGACUCUUGAUAACGAACUAGCCGCUUUGGCAAACAUCAACCGGUUUUUCUUCACGCCGCCGGAAAAUAGCGAGUUCGCAAACCAACCAAAGCAGAUACGCGAACCGUCGCCGAUUACUAAAGUCAACGAUACUGUCACGUGUAUCAGGCCUAAAAGGUCUUUCACAAUUGAGAGUCUCAUAAGCCCCGAUAAGCCCCAAGAGACGCAGAAUGUCCACCUAAUGGCGCAUCCACAUCCGUGGACGAUGGCCUCGUAUUGCGAUCUAGCGAUGGCACCUGUCAAUUUGAUGCAAUCGCCGUGCUAUAGCAACUACGCUAUACCACCCUGUAAAGAUCUCAUAGGACUGUCGCAGUUGGCCCUGCGCUCGAUUUGAUAAUUGUGUGCGACUGAUUAUUUAUUUCGUCCAGUGAACGUGCAGUAAAAACUAUAGUAUUUAUAAGGUGAUCGUUCCUGUUUUUGGUUGGUAUUCCCGAGGGAGUAUCACCUGUAUUUAUAGGCUACUAGAAAACUAAAUGUGAUAUUAUUUAAGUUAUAUAAUACAUACAGAACAAAAGGUGUAUUUUAUUCAUUUGUUUCCCAGCACGCGAAGAAAAUUAUAUUUGGCCGUUGUUGAAUUAGCUCUUAUCACGAUACGAGCAUGUAAAUAUUUGUAUUUUAACUAUUACGCAAUAGUUACAAGUCGUACUUAAGUUUAUAUUGUCCAUAUGUGCAAAUCAGUGUAACAUUU